AUGCCCGAGGUUGCAAACGUUUAUUUCCCAGUGCCACCCCCUCCGCACCCCGAGGUUUGCACACAGUCGCCUCCUCCCCCGCCACCACCGGCGGUGUACACCCGGCUGGCUUCCCGCUCUGCGAGGGAAGGUCACAAUAGCUGCUCUAUCGGCGAAGGCGCCCGCCUCCUCCCUCCCGGGUCUCGGAAAAGCAGAGAAAGAAGACUGGGGGAGGGGAGCCCUGGGCCCGGCCUGGCGCUCCGGGUCCAGGCCUCUCCUUCUCCCGGAGCGGACUGCAGCGGGAAGGGGCAAGUUUGCAGCGGAAGGAAACCGCCAUCCCAGACCGAGGCUUCUUCCCGGGAGCGGCGCGCGGGGGGCCGUGGGGAGCUCACCACGGCCUCGAGGCUGCUGGCCUCUCGCUACCGGGCGCUGGGUCCAGGGCGCCUGGAGCAGCGGGUCUUCCGGGAGCGGCGGCGCCAUUGUACGCGCGGCUUCCCACGGGCCCCGCGGCGGGGAGGCCGCACAAAGGCGGCGCGGGGGCCGACACCGGCAGGUGGCGUUCAGAUGAGAGAGGGAGAGAAUACAGAGCAAGUGCUUUCCCCUUGGAGCAACCCAAGCCUAGUCUCUAUCAGAGACACAUCAGCCAAAUUAGUUUCCCAGGCCCCGGAGGGAGGCUGCUAACCUUGCUGAAAAGGAGUUUUUGAAUUUCUAUCUGUAAGGAGUAUUAAAAAAUAGUGAUUAACUAUACUAGCUACUCGUCCCUUCUCCCUCCCCCAUUCUGUACCAGCCAA